AUGAGGCCGAUGUAUCAGGUCGGUGGGACGGAGAAUCUAGAACAUGGAAGAGACUUGUGGAGACAACUCCACGGACGGGACGUCGGGAAGAUCUCAGAGGAACGUCUCACGUUGUCUACAGAAGAUGAGGACAUCACGCAGUAUAGUCCAGGAGAAGACCAUAAUGUCCAUCAGGGGCCCCACAGUGGGGACGGACCCUCGUAUUCCUCCAAUCCUGAGGAACCCCAGACCGCGAGUGAUGGGGCCGACCUUCCAACAGAUAAGAGGUUCUCCUGUCCUGAGUGUGGGAAAGGUUUUCGGUUUAAAUCCAGCGUUUGUGUACAUUUAAAAAAUAACACGUGUUACCGGCCGUAUUCCUGUCCCGAGUGCGGUAAAUGUUUUCCACAGAAAUCUCAACUUGUCAGCCAUCACAGAUCUCACACGGGAGAGAAGCCAUUUUCUUGCCCUGAGUGCGGGAAAUGUUACCUACGGAAGUCAGACCUUGUCAUACAUCAGAGAUCUCACACAGGAGAGAAGCCGUAUUCCUGCCUAGAGUGUGGGAAAUGUUUUGCACGUAAACGACUCCUUGAUGCACAUCGGAGAUCUCACACGGGGGAGCAGCCGUUCACCUGUCCCGUGUGUGGGAAAAUUUUUUCCAGAAAGUCCCAUCUUACUCUACAUCAAACAAGCCACACUGGACAAAAGCCGUAUCCCUGCCAGGAAUGUGAUAAAAGCUAUCUGCAGAGAUCAGACCUUAUUGUACAUCAAAGAUCUCACACAGGAGAGAAGCCGUACGCCUGCCGGGAGUGCGGGAAGUGUUUUGUACGUAAAUCACAUCUUGAUGCGCAUCUGAGGUGUCACACGGGGGAGAAACCGUACUGCUGCCUUGUGUGCGGGAAGUGUUUCUCACAGAAGUCCCAUCUUAACACACAUCAAAGAUCUCACACGGGUGAGAAGCCAUUUUCCUGUUCUGUGUGUGGGAAAUGUUUUUCAGAGAAGUCCAUUCUUUCCGUACAUCAGAUAUGCCACACGGGAGAGAAGCCGCAUGUCUGCCUCGAGUGCGGGAAAUGUUAUCCACGGAGAUCAGAACUUGUCAGACAUCAAAAAUCUCACUCAGGGGAGAAGCCGUAUUCCUGCCCCGAGUGUGAGAAAACUUAUGUACAUAAACCAGAUCUCGAUAUACAUAGGAGGUCUCACACUGGGGAGAAGCCGUAUUCCUGUCCUGAGUGCGGGAAGAGUUUUUCACGGAAGUCCCAUCUCACUGAACAUCAAGUAUGCCACACGGGUGAGAAGCCGUAUGCCUGCCCUGAGUGUGGGAAAUGUUACCAACGGAAGUCAGACCUUGUUAUACAUCACAGAUAUCACACGGGGGAGAAGCCGUAUUCCUGUCCUGACUGCAGGGAAUCUUUUGUAUGCAAACCACUUCUUGAUGCACAUCGGAGAAGUCACACAGGGCAGAAGCCAUUUUCCUGCCCUGAGUGUGGGAAAUGUUUUGUACGUAAACCAGAUCUUGAUAUCCAUAGGAGGUCUCACACGGGGGAGAAGCCAUUUACUUGCCCCGACUGCGGGAAAAGUUUUUCACGGAAGUCCCAUCUUACCGAGCAUCAAAUAUGCCACACGGGCGAGAAGCCGUUUUCCUGCCCCGAGUGUGGGAAAUGUUAUCGACGGCGGUCGGAUCUUAUCAUACAUCAAAGAUCUCACACAGGGGAGAAGCCGUAUUCCUGCCCCGAAUGCGGGAAACGUUUUGUAUGCAAACCACUUCUUGAAUCACAUCGGAGAUCUCACACGGGGGAGAAGCCGUACCGCUGCCCUGCGUGCGGAAAAUGUUUUUCACAGAAGUCCAAUCUUACCAGGCAUCAGAGAACACACACAACCAUGGAGGCGGGUCAGAAGUCAUAUUCCUGCCCUGAGUGCGGGAAAAGCUUUGUCACAAAAUCAGAUUUAGAGAGACACCAAAAAUCUCACAGAGGUGAAAAGCCGUAUUCUUGUUCUGAAUGCGGGAAAUGUUUUUCACAGAAGUCCUAUCUUUCCAUACAUCAGAGAUCUCACACGGGUGAGAAGCCAUUUUCCUGUCCCGAGUGUGAGAAAUGUUUUGCUGCAAAAUCAGAUUUACAUAGACACCAAAAAUCUCACAGGGGCGAGAAGCCGUAUUCCUGCUCGGAGUGUGGGAAAAGUUUUACACAGAAGUCCUAUCUUUCCAUACAUCUGAGAGCUCACACAGGAGAAAAACCAUAUUCCUGCACUGAGUGUGGGAAAAGUUUUGCUUGUCGGCAACAUCUUACUGUACAUCAGAGGUGUCACACAGGGGAGAAGCCAUAUUCCUGCCAUGAGUGUGGAAAAAGCUUUAUACGUCGACAAUAUCUUACUGCACAUCAGCUGUAUCACACCGGGGAGAAACCAUAUUCGUGCCCUGAGUGUGGGAAAUGUUUUGUACGUCGACAACAUCUUAAUGCACAUCAAAGGUCUCACACGGGAGAAAAGCCAUAUUCCUGUACAGAGUGUGGGAAAUGUUUCCCAUUGAAAUUGGCACUUGUCAGACAUUUAAGAUCUCACACGGGGGAGAAACCAUAUUCCUGUACAGAGUGUGGGAAAUGUUUCCCACUGAAAUUAGCACUCUGUUUCAUAUGGAGAUCGGAUCUGGUUACUCAUCGUAGACAGCACACCGGAGAGCGGCCAUUCUCAUGUGCUGAGUGCGGAAAGUGUUUUACGUGGAGAUCAUCUCUUAUUACUCACGGACGGCAGCACACCGGGGCCCGGCCCUAUUCAUGUUCGCAAUGUGAGAAAGCUUUCAAAUCCAGGUCGGAGCUUUUCCAUCACCUGGGAAAACACACGAGCGAGAGGCCCUAUUCGUGCUCAGAGUGCAGUCAGAGUUUUAAGAAGAAAGCUCACCUGACGCGACAUCUCCGGGUUCAUACGGCACAGACACCCUUCUCCUGUUCAGAGUGCGGGAAAGGCUUUAUCGAGAAGUCCAGUCUCAUCGUACACCACCGGACCCACACCGGCGAACGCCCCUUUCCCUGCCCGGACUGCGGUAAAAGCUUCACUAUGACGUCUUCUCUCACCAAGCAUCGCAAGCUACACGCGGGCCACUCUUCGUCAUCCUGCUCAGAGUGCGGGAAAGGCUUUACGACCAAAUCGGAACUUCUUCUACAUCAGAGAGGUCACAGCGGUCAGAAGAUCUUUUCUUGCUCGGAGUGCGAAAAAACUUUCUUAGCAAAAUCCCAACUCGUCAUACACCAGAGAGGUCACACCGGUGAAAAGCCUUUUCCCUGCUUAGAGUGCGGGAAAUUCUAUGCGAAUAAAGGGAACCUCAAUAUCCACAUGAAACUCCAUACUGGUGUGAAGCCAUUUUCCUGUCUAGAGUGCGGGAAGCGUUUUGCUAAGAAAGGAGAACUUCAUCGACACCAGAGGAUUCACACCGGAGAACGCCCCUAUUCAUGCUCCGAGUGUGGGAAAUGUUUUGUACGAAACGAACACCUUCGUACGCACCAGAGGAGUCACACUCCUGGCGAGCAACCUUUCUCAUGCCCGGAGUGCCAAAAAUGCUUUACCAACAAAGGAAACCUCAACGCCCAUUUAAAAAUCCACGCGGGCGGAAAGCCAUUUUCCUGUUUGGACUGCGGGAAAUGUUUCACCGAGAAAGGAAGCCUUGACAAACACAAGAGAACUCACACCGGCGAGCGUCCCCAUUUGUGCCCCGAGUGA